CAGCGGCCAGCAGCAGCACGCACCGCGCCAUCAAUCCAUCGACAAGCCAUCUCAGCUGCCCACGGCUGCACUGCCACUGCCACGCCAUGGCCCUGGACGACGCCUGCGCCUACGACUGUUGCGCGUUACCUCCACCGCUCCAUUGCUUGGACUGGGACUGGGACUCGGAGCUGCUUCACACUCAUCGUCACACUACCAGUGCCGGAGGUGCCGCCGUCCAAGCAGAGCCGCCCACCUUCUUCGUCCCGGCGACGCCAGGUGUGCAGCCGUCGGCGGCGUCCAGUGGCGGCUACCUGCACGACGCCAUCACUCACUGGAGCGACGACCGUCGCAGCAAGCGGCAGCGGAUGGCGGCGGCGGUGGCAACGACGACGACGCCUCCCGCUCGGCGUCCGGCGACCACCGUCAGCGAGGACCUUCAGUGCCUUCUUGCGGGCUUCUGGGAUUCAACAAGCGAGGCCGAGGGAGGAGCAGACUUCCGCCAUGAUCUGAACACCACGACCCCGGAGCCGGAGCCGGAGACGACGACGGAGAUACGCUGCAGUUUUGCCUCAGGCGAGGACGAGGCAGUUGCGUCGGGCAGGGAGGACCAGCAGAGGGGGGCCAGCGCGCAGGUGCUGCUGCCAGCGCCAGCGGCAGUGGCGCAGCGCGGAGAGGAGGAGGAGGAGGAGGCAAAGGCGACCGCGGUAGUCCCCCCUCCUCGGUUCCCCGCCACCGCGCCAGCCGCUGCUCCCGUGCAGCGGCAGCUGCAGCUGCAAAAGGCGGCCGAGGGUGCAGCCGCCACGACGACGGCGCCCGCCUCUGCCUGCUCCUCUUUGCUGUCACUGUCAGGGGAGGACAGGGAGAAGAGAGGCGUCGGGGUGCUGUACCCCUUCGCGGUGGUCAAGCCGCUGGGGCUAGACGACGGCCGCAUGACGACGCUCAGCGACGUGAACCACAGAAUCCUCAAGAGACCGGCAAGGCCGGUCCGGCACCCCGUCGGCCCGUUCGCGUGCGGCCCCGCCGUGUCGGCCCACGGCCUCGGCCUGUCCGGGAAGGUGGUCGUCAGCCUCACCAAGAUCAGGACGGGAGGGAACGGCACCAUAACCAUCAUCAGAACAAGAGGCUGAUGGAUCAUGGAUGUCAUCAACCGUUUCCGAUCCCGCUUCUUUUUUUUUUGUUCUUGUUUUUAGGUCGCCAUGCCUGUUGUCCAGGGUAAUCAUGGUACAUUGGCUGCUACGGUUGUAAAUACACCCUCCGGGUUGGUUUUC